CCAGGAGCCUUGCUUGGGACAGAGUGACCAGUACUGCUCCACUGAUCGUGCCUGGACGAUUGCCCAGUGACCCUCUCUUCAUUCCGCCUCCCUGCCCAGCCAGGGAGUAAGCACCAUGGCACAAGCCGAAGUGCUCCUGACCAAGGAGCCAGCCCCGCAGUCAAUUGAUGUCUGUGAGCUACCCCAAAAAAAAUAUGAAGUGGCUUGUAAUACCGGUGCCUAUACAUCCGCCGGUCUGGCCACCGCUGGCUUCCGCACAGCCAAAUACCUCAUGGACGAGUGGUUUCAGAACUCUUAUGCACGCUACCACCAGGCCUUUGCAGACCGGGACUACUCUGAGAGGCAGCGGCAUGAAAGCAAGCAGCUGGCAGCCGAGACUGGGGAACUUGCCUAUCGCACACAACUUGACUCCACACGAAGGGUGGGAGAGCGUCUGGAGGACAUGCAUUGCUGGAAGUCGGAGCUGCAGCGAGAGAUAGACGAGCUGUCUUCCGAGACUGAUCAGAUGAUGGCCCAGAAGCUUCGGCUACAACGCGCCUUGGAUGCUUUGUCCGUGCCCUUCUCCAUCGCUACUGACAACCUACAGUGCCGAGAACGCCGCCAGCACCCAGACCUUGUCCGGGACUAUGUGGAGGUGGAGCUGCUGAAGGAAACUGAACUCAUCAGGAACAUCCAGGAACUCCUGAAGAGGACGAUGGGACAAGCUGUGGGCCAGAUACGGCUGAACCGGGAACAUAAGGAGAACUGUGAGAUAAACUGGUCAGACAAAGUAGAAGUCUACAACAUUGACGAUACCUGCGCCCGCUACACCAAUGAGAGCACCCAGGUGCAGUUUUAUCCGCAUUCCAGCAAGUUCGAGGAGAGUGCCUCCACGCCUGAGACGUGGGGUAAGUUCACUCAGGACGUCCUGCUUCGAGCCGAGCGCGAACGGCUAGCCUCGGUUAACCUGCGGAAGUUAAUUGACUGCAUCCUGAGGGAUACUGCCGAGGACCUGCGGUUGCAGUGCGACGCAGUAAACCUGGCUUUCUCAAACCGCUGCGAAGAGCUGAACGACGCACGCCAAAAGCUGCAGUACCACCUGCUAAAGAUCCUGAGUGAGAUCACGGACCAGGAACACCAGAUUGCAGCCUUGAAGCAGGCCAUCAAGGACAAGGAGGCCCCUCUGCGUGUGGCCCAAACUCGACUUUACCAGAGGUCACACCGGCCCAAUGUGGAGUUGUGCCGGGACAAUGCCCAGUUCAGGUUGAUGAGCGAGGUGGAGGAGCUGAACAUGUCCCUCAAAGUGCUAAAGGAGAAGCUUCAGGAUGCAGAGCAGGCACUGCGGAACCUGGAGGACUCACGCAUGAGUCUAGAGAAGGACAUCGCAGUCAAGACCAACAGCCUUUUCAUCGACCGCCAGAAGUGUAUGACCCACCGCAACCGCUACCCCUCGGUCCUCCAGCUGGCUGGCUACCAGUGACUGGGGCUGGCACCCGGCCUCACUGUCUCGUUCAAAUAAAGAGCGCUUUAGUUUUC